UCCCGGAGCUGGACUGGCCGCUCGGGAGCGCGCCCAGGGCCCCGCCCCUUGUGCUAGCUGAGGGCAGGUUCCGAGUUCCGCCCCGGACAGGCAGGGUCCCCUGGUUAAGGUAGGCCGAAAGGUGGGGUCGGGGAAACAGGACUGGCUCUGGCGCCAACGCUCCCUUUAGAGAGGUUUGUCUGAAGGUGGGGAAGGGUGAGCCUAGGAAGUCGGCGCAGCCCGGCGUCCUCCAGUCCAGCGGGUGGCCUGCGGGCGAGGCGCUCCCGGAUCGCGCUCCCUCAGGACCACGCUGCGGGGCGCCGAGAGGAGCAGGACAGUCCUUUGAGGGUUUGAUGGUUUUACAGAUUGGAAUACUGUGACUCAGAAGUUAAGUGACCAGCCUGAAAUAUACAGUUGGAAAAUGAAUUUAUAAAUGGCACAGGUUUGAACAGUUUUGAAGACUGAAAUUUUGUGAACUUGUAGAACAGGAGCUGGGAAUGUAAUGAUGAAUAAAACGAUUGUUUCCUGCUAUAAAAACUAGUGAGAAAGAUAAAACUGAAUAAGCAAAUUACCAAUAAGCAUGAUGAGUGUUCUGGUUGAAGGAGUACAGGGUGCUGCUGGAAAAAACAGAGAAACUCAGCCGGAGCCAGAAAGAAAGACCUGAUUGAAAUGUGGUUUCAGCAAGGCCUCAGUUUCCUUCCUAUAGCCCUUGUAAUUUGGACAGCUGCUACUUUCACAUUCUCAUACAUUAUUGCAGUAACACUCCACCAUGUUGACCCUGCUUUGCCUUAUAUCAGUGACACUGGAACAAUGGCUCCAGAAAAGUGCUUGUUUGGGGCAAUGCUUAAUAUUGCUGCGUUUUUAUGCCUUGCUACCAUUUAUGUUCGUUAUAAGCAAGUUCAUGCCCUGAAUCCUGAAGAGAACCUUAUCAUCAAAUUAAACAAGGCUGGCCUUGUACUUGGAAUACUGAGUUGUUUAGGAGCUUCUCUUGUGGCAAAUUUCCAGAAAACAGCCCUUUUUGUUGUACAUGUCAGUGGAGGUGUGCUCUGUUUUGGUAUGGGCUCAUUUUAUAUGCUUGUUCAGACGAUCCUUUCCUACCUAAUGCAGCCCAAAAUUCAUGGCAAACAAAUCUUCUGGAUCAGACUGCUGUUGCUUAUCUGGUGUGGAGUAAGUGUACUUAGCAUGUUAACUUGCUCAUCACUUUUGUACAGUGGUGACUUUGGCACAGAUAUAGUACAAAAACUUCACUGGAACCCCAAGGAGAAAGGUUAUGUGCUUCAUAUGGUCACUACUGCAGCAGAAUGGUCUAUGUCAUUUUCCUUCUUUGGUUUUUUCUUGACUUACAUUCGUGAUUUUCAGAAAAUUUCUUUACGUGUGGAAACCAAUUUACAUGGAAUAACCCUCUAUGAUACUGCUCCUUGCCCUGUUAUCAAUGAACAAACACGACUACUUUCAAGAGAAUUUUAAUGAAAGGAUAAAAGGUUUCUUUGAUGUUUAUGAUUCUCAGGGAUAGGGGGAAAAUUCACAAACACUGCUUACACUCUGAAAUUUUCAACCAGUUAAGGCUAUCUGUGACACUGAUGAAUAGUGAUAAUCAGGAGACGUAAAGCCAUUUGAUAGUUAUUUUAAAGGAUAUCAUUUAAAAAUAUUUAUGCCUGUACUUUUUAUCAUAGAAAAUAAAACCAAAGGACUACAGCAUUGUAAUUUUUUUCUACUUUAGGAGAAACAACCUGAAGUGUACCAAGCAGUCUGUAUAUCUCAGCCUUUCACAAUUUAUAAGUAAAAGCAUG